ACCUAUACAGUUCUUGACACCAUGUGUGACGACGAUGUUGCCGCCCUGGUCGUGGAUAACGGAUCGGGUCUUUGCAAGGCUGGGUUCGCCGGAGAUGACGCUCCCCGGGCCGUUUUUCCGUCAAUUGUAGGUCGGCCGAGGCAUCAGGGUGUGAUGGUCGGUAUGGGUCAGAAGGACUCGUACGUCGGCGAUGAGGCCCAAUCGAAGCGGGGUAUCCUCACUCUGAAGUAUCCCAUCGAGCACGGUAUCGUUACUAACUGGGACGAUAUGGAAAAGAUCUGGCACCAUACGUUCUAUAAUGAGCUGCGUAUCGCCCCUGAAGAACAUCCCGUGUUACUCACUGAGCCUCCCCUCAACCCUAAGGCUAACCGUGAAAAGAUGACACAGAUUAUGUUUGAAACAUUCAACACUCCCGCCAUGUACGUCGCAAUCCAGGCCGUGCUUUCCCUGUAUGCUUCUGGUCGUACCACCGGUAUUGUUCUUGACUCCGGUGAUGGUGUCUCCCACACCGUGCCUAUCUAUGAAGGUUACGCUCUGCCCCAUGCCAUCCUCCGUCUCGAUCUUGCCGGUCGUGAUUUGACUGAUUAUCUUAUGAAGAUCCUUACUGAGCGCGGUUACUCGUUCGUGACUACGGCUGAGCGUGAGAUUGUGCGUGAUAUUAAGGAGAAGCUGUGUUAUGUCGCCCUUGACUUUGAGCAGGAAAUGGCCACCGCAGCCUCUUCUUCUUCCCUUGAAAAAUCAUACGAACUACCUGAUGGUCAGGUAAUUACUAUUGGUAACGAGCGCUUCCGUUGCCCAGAAGCUCUUUUCCAGCCCUCAUUUAUCGGCAUGGAGUCGUGCGGCAUUCACGAGACAACAUUCAACUCGAUCAUGAAGUGCGACAUUGAUAUCCGUAAAGAUCUGUACGCCAACACUGUGCUCUCCGGUGGAACCACCAUGUAUCCCGGUAUUGCUGACCGCAUGCAGAAAGAGAUCACUUCCCUGGCCCCAUCAACCAUGAAGAUCAAGAUUAUCGCUCCCCCCGAGAGGAAAUACUCCGUCUGGAUCGGCGGCUCCAUCCUCGCUUCUCUGUCCACCUUCCAGCAGAUGUGGAUCUCAAAGGAGGAAUACGAUGAGUCGGGCCCUGCUAUCGUCCACAGGAAGUGCUUCUAAAUACCUUCGUCGCGUCGCCGGAUUAUGGGCAUUCAAUAAACGGCACCAUUUUCA